AUGUGGCUCUUGUGGAUUGCACUAUUGAUAUUUACGGCGGAACUUACCUUUUCCGACGCGACAGUCUACGGCAGCGUCAACGAUAGUCCGGAAGACACGGACCAACCGUCGGCUUCCGGUUCUUCAUCUGGCUUGGGACUUCUUUCACAACCUUCCCCGCUGGACUUUGUGGACACCCGCGGUCGCUUCGGUUCCCGUGAAAACUCUGACGAAUCUUCCAAAGAGACGGAUUUGUUCAGCCAGAUAAAACAUCUGCAGUUGCCGGCCAAGGCUCAUCAUCCAUACACCUCGGGCCACGAAUUUAAACCCGCAUCCGACUCGGAGAUGGCCAACGUCCGGAACUCUUUGGCAACCGUUCUGCAGGUGCUGCUGCCCUACGGUCGUCUUCAGCAGCGUCCCGGCAGCCAUGGACAUGCCGAUGAUCACCCACCACCGUUUGGGGACGAUCCGGGGGACUUUUCCAGCGGUAACCCGCUGCUACCGGACGGACCCGAAACGGCCAACUACAUGCUGCACGGAAAGCUGGUGGAAAUAGGUCCGAGACGAUAUGGUGCGGCUCGCUCCUUGCUGGCCGAUACGGCGGGCGAUGCGCCUCUUGGGGCCGUGGGUCAGAAACGAGCCGCCGCCCUUCGUUCGACCGUCGCCCGUCGCUCGCACGCCCUGCCGGCGGGAGCGGGAAGUGGAAACGGAGAGGACGGCAGCUUCCUGCCUUCCAUCAGUGUUGGUGAGUUUUACGGCGCGCUGACGAAUCUGGGAGACUUCUUCCAGAACCUCAAGCACAACCUGGAGUCGCUGGAGUCGAAGCAUCUCAACACCGAGCAGGUGAAGCUGCUCGAGGGCCAGAACAUGAUCAGCCACCUGCGCAAAGGUUUCUUCUAUUCCAGAGUUUGUCGCGGACUAUCCAAAGCCGGCGGGCAGUGCCGCCUUCCUGCACGCCAUCCGGAACUAUCGGCCUUCGCAUCGAAUUCGGGCGCUGGUGUCCACCGUGCCGGAGCUGUACCGUGGCACCAACUAUCACGAUCCCGUGUAUAUGCUUGCCGGACUCGGAAAAUGAGCUACCCGCCGACCAUCCGACCGCCCCACUCGGUUCUGCUGGCGUCCUGCUAA